UCGCUGAUUGGCUUAGCUAGAUCCUGACGUCAUUGGGUUCCCCCGUAGUCGUGUUCCCUUGUGUUCGCGCAUGCGCACUUGAACCAGGACCUUAGUCACGUCUGUCGAGUCUCGGCGGGGGAGCAGCAGCUUUUCUCCUUCCACCUCUCACGUUUCAUAUUUGUCCAGUUAUAUUGAGGUCAACCCUAAAAAAAGGGAAAUGUGUGAGAUCAGACCCACGUAGGAGAGGCUGCUUCAGUCCAGAUGCUCCCCAACAUCUCUACCCACAAUCCUCCUGUUCCUGCAGAGCUUUAGCAAACUCGUAGACCACAGCAGAGGCUGUUCUCUGACAUGGAGGGCGUUGCCGUGGACAACCUGAUAGACUUUGAGCAGCCCUCAAAGAACAUGUCUCUGAGCGUGGAAACAGGCCAGCACCAACGCCACUCUGACAUCUUCUCCCCGGAACCCUCUUCCGUUGGAGUCCAUCAGCAGCCACUGCUGCCUGAACCCAUGGCCCCAACCCAGUCUGGAUCCCCCCACGCCCCAGCAGAGGAAGACAACGGCAGCGACGCCACAGAGUCGGCGGACAGCGAGAAUGACAUGGACCCGCCCUCUCAAGAGUGGGAUCUCAGAAGGUCGUCCUCCUCCUCCGCCCACAGCGGCGAGGACGCUGACGCCGAUACGAUGGAGAGGAGGCAGUUCAUGAAGGCUUAUGUGGAGAAGAUUUUUAACGGAAAUGAGGACUUUGAUCAGGAGGAAAAAGCUCGUUUUGGAGAGCUGUGCAGUGGAGAGAAUGGGAAGGGCAGGGAGUGGUUUGCAAAAUAUGUCAGCGCCCAGCGCUGCCACUCCAAAUGCGUGAGUGAAGCCACCUUCUACAGGCUGGUGCAGUCGUUUGCUGUUGUUCUGUUUGAAUGUUUUCAGCUGGACGACUACAGUCCUGCCAAAAACCUCAUGACCAUGUGCUUCACGUACUACUACAUUGGGAAGUCUCAGCCGUCUCCGUCAGAGCUGCUCGGUGGUCCUCUUGGUGGGCGGGACUCGUACAUCAACAAGGCGAAUGUGUGGCUGUCCGGAAAGAAAGACGCGGCGGAACGCCUCCUUAAAAACACAUCCAAAAAUGACGUCAAAGGCUUCUUUGGAGGCCUGGAGAGUAAGCUGAGAAGCUCCAUGGCUCCAAAGUCUGAGGAAGGCUCGGUGGAGAUGAAGGCUAAGUCAACAGAGGCUCCAGUGGAAAAGAAAGGAGAAAAAGUGUAUCUGUACACUCACCUGAAGCAGCAGCCUAUCUGGCACACGCUGCGGUUCUGGAACGCCGCGUUCUUUGACGCUGUCCACUGCGAGAGGACGAAGAGGUCUCCAACAACCAGUGGAGCUCAGGAUCAAGAGAAAGAUAAGAGGGAGGAGUGGAAUCACAUGACCCAACCGGAGAGGGACGACACCUCCAAAAUCGAUGAGAACAUCGCUUUUGGACAACUGGGAACGUUCACUCAUAACAUGCUGGCGUUCGGCCUCGGUAAGAAACUCUGCAUCGACUUCCUGAAGAAGCAGGCCGUCAUCGGGAAUCUGAAUGAAGAACAAUACAAGCAGCUGAGCGACUACAUCGAGAAGAUGGAGGCCGAGUGACUCUAAGGACGACCUGACAGCCCCUCACCAGAUCUGAGUUUAGCAAUAAGUCCGUCUUUACGCUCCAGAAACACACGGCGUGCAGGUCGCAUAUCUUUGUGUUGGUCAUCCUGUGCUGCUCGUUGUGUCUUUUUUUCCAAGUGUUGUGUAUUCUUGAAGCAAUAAGACGUAAAUGUGUCGUAGCUAGAUGGUCAUUUCUGGAAGUAAAGAGUUCAUCUCAGGCUGUUUUGGACAUGAAGCCUGGAGCUUUAUCGGUCUCUGAGGCGGGUAAUGAUGUUUGUAUUUGUUAAGCACAAACAACGUUGUGAGUCUGAAGAAAAACACGUUUAAUCUUUACAAAAAAGAGGGAACUUGCGUCGCCGUACGUGUUUGUGAAGGUGAACCUGCUCUUUACUUUCACACAUUUCAGAGCCGCUUUAAAUCAAAUUUUAUUUUUGUCUUUUAAACCCUCAAUGUUUGCCCCCCCCCCAAGUGCCUUUUGUGGAAAUCCUAAACCUGCGUGACGUUGCUUCGGUCCUGCUGCAUGCUGCAUGUGCAAACCCACAGGUCGCUGUUGUAACGCCGUCCCGCCACCGUGAGGCAGCAUCUGUUCACAGCAUCUUUCAGACUCACAACCUGCUUUAAAGUUGUGUAAAUAUUGUGCGUCCCUUCUGUGUAAGUGUACAUGUGCAUUCUGUCUCUGUGGGCAUUCAAACCUUUAUUUAAACGCUGGUGCAUUGACGUAAGCAUCCGUGUGUUUUCCGCCCUACAAAUGAAACUGAAGUGUUGAUGCGUGUCAGCUCGCCUCGUCACAUGUGUGUGUUUGUGUAUUCUCAAGUGGAAUUGUUCAUUGUCCCAAAACAGUUCAGUGUUAAUAAAACUUGAUGAAAUCCC